AUGGGCUUCUCGGAGCUGCUCCACACCAUCGGCGGCAUGGGGAAGUUCCAGAUCCUUCAAACUGCCCUCAUGAUGUUCCCCGCCCUCCUGAUUAGCUGUCACAGCUUUCUGCAGAACUUCACCGCCAUAACCCCAGAGCAUCACUGCCGGCCGGCCAAUUGGACCAAUGGGUCUCAUGUCCUGGGCGGUGUGGGGGAUGGGGACUUACUGAGGGUCUUCAUCCCCCUGGACGAGGACCAGAAACCUGAGCGGUGCCUGCGGUUCUCUGAGCCCCAUUGGCAGAUCCUAAGCCUCAACGACACCUCCUCUUUAAGCUUGGACACUGAGGUCUGCCUGGACGGGUGGGUGUAUGACCAGAGUGUUGCCUCCUCCAUCGUUUCUGAGUGGGACUUGGUGUGCAAGCACAAGUCACUGAAGUCCAUUGCCCAGUCCAUAUACAUGAUGGGACAGCUGGUCGGAGCUACUGUCUUUGGCAUCUUCUCUGACAGGUGUGGACGCAAGACGGCGCUGCAGAGCGGGAUACUGCUGAUGAUCGCCGCGGGCACGAGCGCCGCUUUCUCGCCCAGCUUCCUGGCCUACUGCGUGCUCAGGUUCCUCAGCGGGAUGGCCAUGACGGGCAUCAUUAUCACCAGCCUCUGCCUCACCAUGGAGUGGACCCCGACGCAGAGGCGGACGCUGGUGAAUAUCUACACCAUGUACAUGAUCACUUUGGGCCAGGCGGUCCUCACGGGCCUGGCCUACCUCAUCCGCCCCUGGCGCUGGCUCCAGGGCACCCUAUCUGUCGCCUACGUGAUCAUUCUUCUGUACUCCUGGGGUCUGCCAGAAUCGGCUUGCUGGCUCAUCACCCACAACAAACUUGACAAGGCUGUGAAAAAUCUGCAGGCUGUGGCAAGAUUAAAUGGCAGAAAGGAGCAGGGGAGGAAACUCACUCCAGAGGUAGUAAGGCUCCACAUGCAGGAGGGCACAGCAGCUAUCGAGGAGACCCCAUUCCUCCUCGAUCUUUUCCGCACUCCGGGACUCCGCAGGACAACUUGCUGUAUCGCCCUGGGAUGGUUUUCCGCAGGCUUCUCCUUUUUUGGGCUGGGUUUGGAUGUGCAGAAAUUUGGGUUCAACAUCUACUGGACACAACUGCUGUUUACAGUCGUGGAUGUCCCCAUGAAGCUGGUGACGGGCCUGAGCAUGGGCUACUUUGGCCGCCGAAUCACUGCCAUCUCUUUGCAGCUGGUGGCCGGUUGCGCUAUCCUUGUCACUGCAUUUCUUCCUCGAGGCUGGAAUACCUUUAAGAUGAUCCUCUGUUUGUUUGGGAAAGGGAGCCUGGCCGGCUGUUUCAGUUGUCUCUACCUAUACACCAUGGAGCUCUUCCCAACCGAAGUCAGGCAGACGGGGAUGAGUGCUGGGAUCUUCAGCACACGCCUGGGCUCCCUCUUGUCCCCCCUGGUCUACAUCCUGGGCAACCAUAGCCCAGUGCUACAGCCGGUGAUGUUUGGCCUGGUCCCUAUCCUGGCAGCCACAACGGGCUCCUUCCUGAUAGAGACAAACAACCAGCCAUUGCUGAACACCAUCCAGGAGACAGAGAAGAGAGUGAAGAUGGCUCGUGACAAGCAAAGAAACGUCAGUGAAAAUACCACAAAGAAAGGAUUGGCCUCACUUCUCCCAGAAAAGACAAAAGUAGAAUGCACAGUGUGAUUUCUCCGGACCCACACCUAUAUUCUGAAUGGCCCUUCCUCUCUCUUCACUUUCUCAUGUUUUGGAAAUGUGACACGUCUUUCCAAGGAAAUGCGGUGGCACCUCGCUUGGCCGCCAUUGAAAGCAAUGAUAGGGGCUGUGAUCUGGAAAUAUUAUAAGGCAGAUGAGUCAUUCGACUUAGAGACCAACUAAGAAAUGACACGUAUUGGACAACCCGUGACUUUUGAAUAUGAAGAAUGAGCUUUAAGUAGAUAGGAAGGGAUCCGUCGAUUUUGUGAAGUGGCAUUAGGUUACAGAAGCCAACAUCCCUUUUUAAAAAAGAAAAAAGAUGUGAAGCUGAAGUAUUUAGGAAUGAAAUGAAACAUCGGGAAUUUGCUUGAAAAUUCUAGAAAAGUGGACAGAGUGAAUGCCAGGGUUGAAGCAGGGAGUUCCUUGA